AGGAUGUUUGGAAGAAUUCGACACGUGUCAUCUUCUGUUGUCAUCGCAUUGAAAACAUAACUAUUCUUGUGUUCAUAACCCGCGGCUGUUCUGUGUUGUGCUUGUACUUUUUCGUCCAAUUUAUGUACGGUGGAAUGAGAAAAAACUUUUGCUGCUAGCAAUGGAUCGGGAGCAAUUGCUGCGGGAGGGCAAGGGUAAGAUAAAGGAUGGCCCUAUUCGCUGCAUACUGCUGAGCGAGUUUCAUGUUGUGGCGGGCUCCAAAAUCAGCUGUCAAGUACCGGAGAAUUUCAUAACCAAGGAUGUGUUUGACUCCAUUCGUACGUACAUCAUUCCUAAACCGCAGCUACAACGGUGCAUUUUAACAAUCAAUACCUUGGGCCAUAAAGUUAUUGGCUAUCCUGUCCGGAUCAAUCACGUACGCUAUCAACGGAACUUUUUUUAUUUCAAUUUAUGUUUUGUGUUUGACUCGUGGUCACGUACCGUUCAGUAUGAGGCGGUGGUAAAAAAGCUUUCCGAGUAUCUGCUUAUGAUGGAGGAAGAAGGAUCUUUCCUGUCUAAUGCGGAGAAUAAUAGCAACAUUAGCAAUUUGCUCGCGUGCAUAUUGCGCGAUCUUAACCAGCGGCAUGUAGCGACGAUCGUAGAGGGCGAUACGACGAUCUAUCUGAAAAUAGGACGCCUCAAGUCUGAUCCACCGGUGGUGCAGGAUCAUCAGGUGCCGCUGUUGUGCCGCGGAUUCGAGGACACAGACCUAGACUCGUGGGACCUGACGACGCAGCAAGUGUUGCCAUUCAUCAACGGUAUCAAUCACGUUGCGCGCAUUGCCGCCGAAGCGGACGUCGAGAAUCAGCUGGUAAAGUCCUGCAUCCAGAAUCUGGUGUAUUACGGUGUAAUGCAGCUGUUACCGUUGCUAAAGUACAGCAACGUGUACAUGUGCACACGCGAGCUGCAGAAACUCACACGCGAUCGUUCGUUGGCCGACGAAUGUCGCAAGUACGUGCAGCUGCAGCAUGCCGAAAAGGUAGACACCGUACGGUUGCCGAGCUUGUUCAACAUACUGCAGCUGUACUCGCAGAUGACACACGGCGUUACGCUUCGUUCGCUCUGCCAGCGGCUUUGCCCGCGUGACAACAACAUCGACGAGCGGAAGCUAGUUUCGUUCGGUUUGCAACACAAUCUGAUCCGCUGCAUCAACAAGUAUCCGAUAUACACUGGUUCGAUACCGACGCCGAAGCACAAACUGUACACCGGGCUGAACAGUUUGGACGAAAUCUGCUGCAAAACGGGAAUGUCGCCUAGUCGCAUCGAGCAGGAAAUCGAUAUGGAUUCCAACGUGACCGUCAUUUGGAAGUAACGGCAUUGUGUUAUAUGUGUGUUGCCAUUCAUCCUGAUUGUGUGUUGGGAGCUUGUGUGGCACAUUUACGUGUUCUAUUUUGUUAUUUAUCGAUUGUGUGUAACGUUUUUAAAUGUUUUUGUUCUACCUAUUUUCAGACAUUUUUAAUUUUUUUUUUUGGUUUUGCUGUAAUUACUGUUUUUUUGUGCAUGUUGUGAAUCUUUAGUUCAUUGAAUCGUUUACAUCUUCGAAAAACCCAAAGCAACCACACCAAGGAGAUACUCAUACAUACAUACCAUUACCAUUUAUCCGAGAUUAUGCGAUGAUAAUGAUUAGAUUCGUUUGUUUUAUCGUAUAUUUAUAUAUUGCAGGCCACUUUUCUCAUUUCCCUUUCCACUAGUCUCAAACUGGGAAGUACAUAUCAAAACAGUCGAAACCUAGUCGUUUCUAGAGUUAAUUGGUAUAAGUUUUAAAUCAUCAUCAAAUAAUAGAGAUUCACAUCAUAACAUAGAUCACAUACUCAUCUUCAACUAAUACGCUCAGGCAAACAUGAGAUUAUUUUCGCAACAAAC